AUGGCACCUGAUAGGGAUAUUGAUUCUGGUAUUAUUUUGGUGGCAAGCAUGCAACCUAUCUCUAUUCCUCUGUAUCGCUUGGGUCCAGCCACUAAGAAGCACGGGCAACAUUUGAGGAUUGUGCUUUCGAUUUUGAGCGAGAAGAAGUUGUAUGCUAAGUUCUCCAAGUGGGAGUUUUGCUUUGACUUGGUGGCCUUCUUGGGUCAUGUGGUAUAUAGAGAUGAGAUCAAGGUGGACCUGAAGAAGAUUGAGGCGGUUCAGAAUUGGCCCCGACCUUCUACCACUACAGAGAUGAGAAGCUUCUUUGGUUUGCCUGGUUACUAUAGUUGCUUCGUUGAGGGAUUCCCAUUUAAUGAAACCUGA